AUGUCAGAUAAAAGAGAUGAUGAACAUCAAAUAUUUACCCCAAUCGCAAGAGGUAUAAUUGAAACCAUUGAUAAUAGUAAAGAAUUAAAAAAAGAAACAUGUAUUUUAGUAGAUAAAUCAAUUAAAAACGUAUCAAAGUUAUUAGUAAAUGAAUAUGAAAGUCCAAUUUAUAGAAAUUCAUUUGAUGAUUUUAAAACCUAUAUUAACAAAUCCAAUCCAUACCUCGUUGUCGCAGGUUCAACUUUAAUUCCAUAUUUAAUUACCAAACCAAAAUUUUUAAAAUUAAGACCAAUCUCUUUUGGUUUAGUUGGUCUUUCAACAAGUUUAUAUUAUUGUUUCCCAAAUGAAGUUUCAAUGGCUGCUAAAAAAUCUGUAGACUAUUAUAACGAAUUCAAAGAAAAUUUUUAA